AUGGUGUUCUCCGAUAAGACGGUCAUGUAUAUUUGCUAUGUUCAUGGGUUUGCCGCGUAUUUUACCAAUGUUUUGCUGUUCUAUUUGAUAAUUAACUAUUCGAGAAAAGAGCUUGGCACCUACAAAUACCUGAUGCUACUAUUUACCACCUGUAACGUCAUUUUUCCAAUAAUUUCCAUCCUGGCAAUGCCGGCAAUAUUAGCCGUCGUGAUGUUCCAUUUUCUUUAUCGAUAUUUGGCCGUUAGCAGCCCGAAUAUCAUUGGCGAUCUGAAUAAACAAAGCUAUAUCUACGUCACGCUGUCUAUAUUAUUAAAUGGAUUGGUGUGGGGCACAUCAUUUCACUGCUCAAGCUAUCAAAUUGCUCGGAAUAAG